CGCCUCCUCACGAGCAGACUAUUGUGCUCAGGCUCUGCGCAACGUAUACUCUUUUCCUGUGCGUUAAACUCUCCCAUCAUUGGGAUCCUCAAAGUUUCCAACUGCUGAAUAUUCAACCACAGUACAUCAAUGUGUUGAUAAAAUAACUUUAGUAGUGUUGUAGUCAAUGAUACGAUUCAUUGCGUCUUUAUCCCCCACUUGGGAAACAAGCAAACCCCAGUCAGAAACAAGUUGAGAGCACGUUGAAACUCCGUGUCGUUUGCCUCGGCUAAAUGUCAAGCGACUUCAAGGAGGUGAAGUGAGGUGAAUUCAGCUGUGUCUCGUGUUGACAGUAGUCUAUAGAAAACCAGUGGAGUAUUUUUCAUCAGUGCCAAUAAGUAAUCAUUGGAUUUAUCCAGGACUUACAUUUGAUAAUCACUCGGUGUGAAUUAUUUAUUUAUGUAUCGUUGAUGAACUAUUGAUAAACGCGAAUGCUUCGGUCACGUCAACAUCUGGAAACGAUCGAGCGCGUGUGCACGUUCCCAAGUACGUGGCGCCUCGAAUCUUAUUUCUUUAGCCCACAAAGAUGAUGUGUCUUAGUUAGAGUUUAUUACUACUCUUUCCUUUUCCCCCUUUUCCUCUUCCCAUUUAUUCCCAUUUUUUUCAUUCUACUUCUUUUCUUUCGGUUCCGCGUCGUGCUUUCCGGGUUCAUCGGUGUGCAUCGUCCCGAACAAGUCUGUACAGAUGUGACGAUGAUGAUGAUGAUGGUAAUGAUGAUGAUGAUGAUGAUGCUGUUGAUGAUAAUGAUAAUGAUGGUGAUGAUCAGUGUCGACGCGAAAAUACAUCGAUAAACCUUUGGUAUUUUCCUUCUUGACUUAUUGAGAGUGCGUGUCUUACCACUUUCCCCUCGGUGAUUUUACUCGUUUACUUGUCCAAGUUUUCUUUUUAUAUACAUAUACAUAUAUAUAUGUAUCAAGUUGUAUGUUCAUACAUAAAUAAAUACGUACACCGUUCGUGAGUUCUUAAUUAACUAAUGAGUUGAAACCAGUGAUUUAAACAAGUGAUUGUAUUUUAAUUCAUUCAACGAAUAAUAAAAAAUCAUUUAUCGACUCUCAAUUGAUAUUUAAAGUGAACAUCAAGCUUCAUCAAAGUCUUGCUACAUAUUUGUCAUUUAUCACAGACCAGCCUUGAGAAGCCGAAGAUGCCGAUGUAACACCUGUAAUCGUGGAACAACCGAAGAGGCCAUGGACCUUACAGAGGCGUUUGCGCCCGGCAACGAGACUGAGGAUCUCGGUAAAACCGAUUUCUUCGACUUUGUCGUCUCGCCUUCACUCUCAGCUACACCCUCGCACUGUACUUCCGGUGGGAUUACAUCUUCGACUUCAUUUAUCAAGGAAACUAACAACAAUACUCUACCAGCUUUACCUCCUGUCUCAACCAUUACUGGAUCAUUAAAUCACCACAGUGUACGUAGCCAUUGUAUCCAGAGUAGUGAGCAAAUACCAAUGGACCAGUCAGACUGUGAUUACUGGGGAACUGAUGAUGGUAAAGAACAACAGACGUGUAAUAUACUCCUAGAAGACCUCAACAAAUACUGCUGGUCAGCUCAUGCUAAUCCUACAUGUCGAGGCGAUACUCCAGACAGUGAGAAUCAUCGAGUAAGUAGUGCUAAUGAUCGACAAAACACGGACGGCGCCAUUUACACGCUCACCGUGCUGAAUAAUGAAGCUAAUUCUAUGGAUGGACUUGAUUGUUGUAAGAGUCCAGUCGCUCCUUCCAAUGACUCCUGGUCUUUGAGACCCAACAUUGAUCUAGACGCAAUACUUAAUUUAGAGUCUAGUCAUAAUGAUCAAGACUCCCAUGACGUUCAAACCUCAGCAGAAGUGUCGCGAAGUACUGAGAGGUACCACAUAAUUUCAACCACACCUUCUUCGCAAUAUGCCACUGAUGAUAGUGGUUUCGUGGAGAGUAAAGAACUAUGUCGAGGACAAAGCAACCCAACAGGAGACAAUAAUAAUGAUUGGAAGCUUUCAGAUCAGAAUCAUCUUCAAGAAGUAAGUGGAGAUUCUGCUGAGAGCCUCUUGAGGAAUGCUCUUCAAGGUAAAUUAUACUCGGGGCCCACGCAAAUAACUCUACCAUCUACAAAGUCUUCACCGAUAUCAGUAUCUCUAUCUACCAGUUGUUCUGGUGGAUCUCAAAUGAUAACUGAUCACCAACAACAGACUCAACAUCAGCAACAGCAAGAACAACAAGAUGAAUCUAUGCAUGGUUGUACUGAAGAAGAUCUGUUAUUGUCUCAACUAGAAACAACGACCUAUCGGCCUGGUGAUUAUGAAAAACUCAAGAGUAUUGCAAACGAAGUUGUCGAAUCCUAUUGUAAUUUGGAACCAGUUUGCAACGUUUCAGCAACAACAACAGUGAUGUAUACCUUGGAUCCAACCAGUGGUAGUUUAGGAACCAUUACAUUGCCUGCUGAUCUUGGCCAAGUAGGAACAGUGACAGUUGUUACAGCAACACAACAAGAUUUAAUAGAACAAACGACUCCCAGAGCCGAAGAAAAUCCAUCAACAACAAGUCAAAUUCAAGUAGUGAGUGCCAGAGCAACAAACACUACAGGAACAAAGGCUCCUAAAAAAUAUUCUAGGAAAAAUAGUCGUAAUAAUUCGAAUAGUAAUGCUAAUGGAUCUUCAACAACUGGUUCUGCUAAUGGAAAUGAUGGAGGACAACAUCAAGGUAAUGGAUCAGGAAGUUCUCCUAGUGCUACAGUUCAACGAAAAGAACGAUCGUUACACUAUUGUAACAUUUGUCAUAAAGGUUUCAAAGAUAAAUACAGUGUGAACGUUCACAUCAGAACUCAUACUGGUGAGAAACCUUUCGCAUGUUCAUUAUGUGGUAAAAGUUUUCGCCAGAAAGCCCAUCUUGCGAAGCACUAUCAAACUCAUGUAACUCAGAAACCUAAUGUUGGCAACGGGACCAGUUGUGGAAGCUCAACAACAACCAGUACUCCAAGUCCAACAGCUAAUUCAUCAAGAGGAAGUCACACUGCAGAAACAGCAGUGUGUAGUCCUUCAAGCUAGAGCUAAUAAUUAUAUAGCAACUAGGAUAUUUUCUAGAUAAAAAUUUGUUGCUAAAUUUUUUCUUUUUUUUUUUGUUAUCAAAGCCGUCCAGACGCGUUCAACGAGUCGCUCAUUAUAAGAUUGUGAUGAAAUCUCGAAAUAUUUUAUAAUAUUUAUAUCAAGAUCAGUAAUAACACUUUUUUCGCAAAAGAAUGUAUACAAACAUAGAUGUAUUGCACACGUUACUCAAACACACGAGUGGUCUCAUUUAAUUUAUUUUUUAAUUAACAAUUCGAACAUUGAUCGAAAAAUUUUUGUUAAUAAUUAGAAAGAUUUUUCACAACAUUUUGAUGUUGAUGAAAAUAUAAAACAUGUAUCAUUGUUAUUCAAAGAAAUACUAUUUAUAUAAAUAAGCAAUCAUAAUUUUAUAGCAU